AACCUGUUGACAUCAGACGUCGACCUUCAUCUUCUCAAGUCGGGACCUCAGUACGGACGGACUUGUUAGCACCACCUUGAAAGAGUCAUGUCAGAAUGUUCUUCAUUUGAUGGACCUGGAAGCUUCACGGCGACUUUUUGAUGAUAUAUCCGCCUCAUAACUGGUAGAAAAUAUGUUCACAGACUUUGUCAUUUUGUGUGUGAUUUUAUUCGAUGCCUCGCACCUCGGUUCAUCAUUGGAAUUACGUCUUGGCAUGUCUAAUGUUUGCGCUGACCGGGAGAUGUCUAUUUUGGUGGCCCCUCAGCCUUGUGUUCAGGCUUUUACGCGCAUGGUGAAGGUGUGGAGGCAGGGCUGCACAGGCCACAGAUGGUGUAUGGGUUUUGAGAGAAGGACAACAUACUACACAACGUACAGACAAAUGUACAGGACAGAUGUCCAUACAGUUUUUAAGUGUUGCCCUGGCUGGACUCAAAGGGAUGGAGAAUCAGGCUGUCUGCACAGGGUAUGCAGCGCCAAUAUGUGUUUUAAUGGAGGUCAAUGUGCAGAAAAUGGAGAUGACAUCUGCCAUUGUCCAGAAGGCUUCAAAGGGUCAAGAUGCCAGUAUGAUGUUAAUGAAUGUGAGGUGGACAAAGCUGGCUGUGAAGGAUACUGUUGCAAUACCAUUGGCAGCUACUACUGCAAGUGUCCUCAGGGCAGUAAGUUGGGCCCAGAUGGCAAAUCAUGCCAAGAUGUGAACGAGUGCGCAGAUCUCAACGGAGGAUGCCAGCAGAUGUGUGUCAACACACCAGGAUCCUAUCACUGUGAGUGCGGUGAAGGAUUCCGCAUGCAUACUGAUGGCCGGACCUGCAUUGCUGUAAACUCCUGCUCGGUGCUUAAUGGUGGUUGUGAACAUCAGUGUGUGGAUAUGGGGAAUAAUCAUUACAAAUGUGAAUGUCGAAACAACUACAAGCUGAAGACGGAUGGGAGACACUGUGAAUUGAGGGACUCCUGUGAGGAAAGUAAUGGAGGCUGUGCUCAGCUAUGUCUCGAUGUCGAUGGCCGAGUCCAGUGCAGCUGUCACCCUGGUUUUACUCUGGUUGAAGACGGCAAGGACUGCGCAGACAUUGAUGAGUGCAGUUCAGGUCACGACAAGUGCUCCCAUGGAUGUGUCAACACACACGGCUCGUUCCGAUGUGUGUGUCAUCCAGGCUUCGAGCUCGGUGCAGAUGGAAAACAGUGCUACCGCAUUGAGAUGGAGAUUGUUAACAGCUGCGAGAAGAAUAAUGGUGGUUGCUCUCAUCAAUGUGAGCACACAACCAACGGACCCCUUUGCUCCUGCCAUCAGGGCUACCAGCUCGACCAGGACAGGAAGACUUGCGUAGACAGUGAUGAGUGCGUCAACGGGGAAUCCUGCUGCAACCACUUCUGCAGAAACUAUCCAGGCGGCUACGAAUGCAGCUGUAGAGCCGGCCACACACCAAAUCCAGAUGGCUGCGGUUGCGACGACAUCGAUGAGUGUCUGGCGGAGACUUCAGGCUGUGACCAUGACUGCGUCAACACCCUGGGAACAUACGAGUGUUUUUGCCGACGGGGUUUCAGCUUGGAUUGGGAUCAGCACACCUGCAUCUCUUUAUAUGGCAGAGAAUUGGAGGAAGAUGAUGAACAAGAGGAAGAAGAUCCACUGGAAGAGCAGCUGGAAGUCUAUAGGUUACCUGAGCUGCUCUUCCGCAACGUUCCUCAGCUUCUCCACUACACUGCAGCAUUGCAUUCCCGUCACGGCACUGAUUACGAUGAUGUCGGUGACAUCGAUGAGAGCCUGGAUGAACAUCUCGAAGAAUUUCGAUUGGACAGCCAAAUCGUAUGUUUGGAUAACUCCUUUGGGGAGGAUUGCAGUUGGAGAUGUGAAGACUGUGUGAACGGAGCCUGUGGCGAAAAUAAAGAUGGCUGUGAGUGUUCACCUGGAUGGGCUGGCAUUAUCUGCAAUGAGACUUGUCCACAGGGGACUUUUGGGCACGCCUGUAACAGUCUGUGCCAAUGUAAGAAUGGAGGCACAUGUGACUCCGUGACUGGGAAGUGUUCGUGCCCUGCCGGGGUUAAAGGUCUACUCUGCCAGGAUGGAUGUCCGAGGGGAUAUUUUGGAAGCCAUUGCAUGAGAAAGUGCAACUGUCCAAACAAUGGCCACUGCCAUCGUCUGCAUGGAGCUUGUCUAUGUUCCCCUGGAUUAUAUGGUCGACGCUGCCAUUUGCCUUGCCCCAAGUGGACGCAUGGCCCGAGCUGUUCGAAAGAAUGUGACUGUGUUCAGGAACAUUCCACUGGCUGCGACCCCGAGAUGGGGAGCUGUAUCUGUAAGCCUGCAUACCACGGCCCGCAAUGUGAGAAAGAAUGUGAGCACGGAUUCUUUGGCGCUGGCUGCAAGCGGUCAUGUGACUGCCCAAGUGGAGGGUCAUGUGACCCCACGACAGGCGAAUGCAGCAUGAAAUGUCCCGCCGGCCUUCAUGGAGAGAAAUGUCAUCUGGUGUGUGAGUCUGGUUCAUGGGGUCCAGGAUGCAUCAGUAAAUGCCGGUGCCAAGACAACUCUGCAGGCUGUGACCCUGUGACGGGUCGGUGCGUGUGUGAGGCCGGCUACACUGGAGAUACAUGUGAAGAAACAUGUCCUGGGGGACAAUAUGGAGAGAACUGUUCUGGACAAUGUUUGUGUCGAAAUGGAGGUUCCUGUGACAGCGUAACGGGCCAGUGCUCAUGCCUUCCUGGCUGGAUGGGAGCGACUUGUGAGUUAGAGUGCAAGGUGGGACGGGAUGGAGACAACUGUACUGGCGUCUGUAGCUGCAUGAAUGGAGGGAUAUGUGACAGGGAGACGGGAGAGUGUGUCUGUCUGCCUGGUUGGACGGGACAGCGCUGUCAAUCAACGUGUCUCACGGGCUUCUAUGGUGCUUCCUGCGCCCAGCGAUGUGAGUGCCAGGCUGGGGUGUCAUGUCACCCUGAGACUGGGGUCUGCGGCUGCCCUGCUGGACACACAGGGCCCCGCUGUGAGAAAAGAUGUCGCUCUGGAACGUACGGACCGAACUGCAAGUCUCGAUGCAGAUGUCUUAACGGUGGUCGCUGUGACUACAGGACGGGGGCUUGCCAAUGUCCUCCAGGCUUCAUUGGAGCCAACUGCAGCUCACGCUGCCCAAGUGGGUACUAUGGCAAAGACUGCGCUAAACUGUGCUCCUGUGGGGAAGACGGUCAAUGCCACCCAACAAACGGAAGGUGUAUUUGUGCGGCUGGAAGAACGGGACAGUCCUGUCAAGUGUGCCCCAAGGGACUUUACGGCCUGCAAUGCCGAAACAUAUGCAGAUGUCUAAAUGGAGGUCUCUGUGAUCCUGUUGAUGGCACGUGUAAAUGUGGUCUUGGCUGGACCGGAUCAGACUGUGAUACAGCCUGUUUGCAGGGAAAAUAUGGGCCGAAUUGUUCUCAAGACUGUCCUUGCAACAAUGGUGGGACCUGCGACCGCUUUAUUGGCACCUGCAAUUGUACUGCUGGAUUUUAUGGCCACUCUUGUCAACACAAAUGUCCGCUCGGAUUUUACGGCGUAAACUGCGUCCUUGCCUGUGAUUGUAAAGUGGGGCAGAGCUGUGAUCCAGUGACAGGACAAUGUGAAUGUCCACCAGGAUACUACGGGCUUCAGUGCCAAAGACGGUGCGAAUCCGGCAAGUUUGGACAUGAGUGUGAAAGGUCAUGUGACUGUGCAGGUGACACACCAUGUGACCCAGCUACUGGACACUGCCUGUGUUCCCCGGGAAGGACCGGACCGAGAUGUGAAAAAGAUUGUGGUGGUGACCGAUUUGGCCCAAACUGCUCUUUUCCUUGCCAGUGUGCUCGCAGGGCCCGCUGUGAUGGGAUGACCGGGCGCUGUCAAUGCCCACUCACCUUGCUGGGCCCCACUUGCGCUGAAGCACGGCUUCACCAGACACCAGGACAGAUGAACUUUUCCGCGUCCCAGAGAAAGAGAAGAGCGGGCGGUAAAACCACAUAAAACUUGGCUCUUGGAAACUUUACAUAGGUCAUCUUGGUCAAGGUGAUCUGGGAUUACGAGGUAUUGUGGGACUCUGGCGCUCCAUCACUGAGCCUGGAGCUCAAAAUACUCCACCAUUGAACUUGACAUGCGAGCCGGACUCCCAGGAACAUAAAGUGUACUCUACUAUAAUAUUGAUGACAGGACAUUAUUACAUUAUAAUAAUACAUUUUAAACCCAAUCAGCUCAAUGCAACUCAUUUAUGAUUUUAGUAUUUAUUUCAGUGUGUAUCCAAUGAAAUUAUAAUUUUAGGAAAUUCAAACUUACUGUUUCUUUGUGUACACAUCACUUUGC